CAACAGCUUAACUUCCGCCAAGUCAGGCUUUGCGACACUCGUCAGAAGAAGGCGCCAGAAAGACACCGAUGGCUCCCGUCGUCCGGCGGUGACUCCAUCAGAAACGGUUUUAGCGGGUUGGUGCUAUGUCUUCGGGAAUGACUGGACACACGCCGUGCCUAACCAGCCGAUGGGAUAAGACGGCCCAACCUAAACAAAGUGUAGACGUGAGGCAGCAGAGGAGUAGUGAAAAUGCGGCCCACUCUUUGCCAGGAGUCCUCGGCGCUGCUGAUUCAAACAGCACUGCUUCCCAGUCGCUCCAAACGGGAGAGAAGCCAGCACCUCAGGGUGGAGUUGAAAUGGCUGCGGCCAUGGCUGCCAAAAUAAAUGCCAUGUUAAUGGCAAAAGGAAAGCUGUUGACUCCUCCACCGUUACUCGCAAAGGCUGCUCCAAAUGGGCCAAGCACCACAGAAGAAAUGGUGGUUACAGAGGUCGACAUAAACGAUGUGCCGAUAAAUUGCAGGGACCUUCUUACUAAAGGCAAAACGCAGGAGGAGAUCCGACAGUUUAGUGGGGCGGUUGUCUCAACAAAAGGACAUUACAUGCCUGAUGCUACAAAGAGAAAAGCAGGACAAAGAACUUUGUAUUUACAUGUCCAAGGAAAGAACCAGGAGCAGGUCAACAAGGCUGUGCUGAGGAUAAAGGAGAUCAUCUCAGAGGACCUGUUGAGGACCUCGGCCGCAUUGGGACAAACGGUGCCCGUUAUGCCUCCACUCACAAUCUACCCUCAGCCCCCUCGCCUCGUCAAUACCUCUGCUGUGCCACGGAUGGCCAACACCAACUCAGUGCCAGGACAUCGGCCUGCAGCUCCUCAUUCUGGGAGUUUUGUGCACACAAAGAUUUUUGUGGGCCUGGAUCAGACGUUCCCCUUUUUCAACGUGAAUGAAAAGAUCGAGGGUCCGGGAGGUUCAUACCUGAGUCACAUCCAGACAGAGACGGGGGCUCGAGUCUUUCUCAGGGGAAAAGGUUCCGGCUACAUUGAACAAGCAUCAAAACGAGAGUCUUUUGAGCCGCUUUACGUCUACAUCAGCCACCCAAAUUCCACUGGAUUGGAGUCGGCAAAGAAACUCACUGAGAGUCUGCUGGAAACUGUGAGGGAUGAAAGUGCCCACAUGGUGUCAGUGUACACGGCCACCGGCUCAACACAAUCAUACGCAGCACAUGGAUUUCCACCUAAUAGCAAUUACUCUAGCCAGGGGUCCUGGUAUAACUACCCAGCAAAUGGGUAUGCUGGCGGCUAUUCAGCGUACUCAGGAGCCAGUGGUUAUUGGAGUAAUGCAAAUGGUCCCUCAAGUCAUUCUAACAUGUCGACAAACCCUCCAUCUUCUCAGGCAAUGGUUCAGUAUCCGGUGUGUCCUAGGAAACCGCAUCCCUAUCUCGUCGAGGAUCCUGGCAGCAGUGACACGGUGGAGCCUGAAGGAUCGAUAAACACCCACCCUGACUCAGGAAGUCCCAGACGUCAUUUCCAGGAGGGGGCUACGGAAGAACCGCCUCCUAGGAGAUCUCCAGAGGCUCCGGCUCAUCAAGAGUCUGCACUUCCUGCAGCCAGCUUGGGAGAGGAGAAAGUCGUAGAACGGAUUCUGAUGCCUCCACCGCCGCCCGUCUUCGUGGCUCCUGCCCCCCUUGUACGCAAAAGGCCGAGAGACACAGUGACAAAGGAUCCAGCUGGUCUGCCUGGCAGCACCGCGUCAAUAGGUGUUCAGAAGGUGAGCGAGAAGAAGCCUAAAGUAGACGAAGAUGCAUCCGGGCUUGUGCCCUACGGAGGAGAUUCCUCCGAUGAAGAGGAGGAGAGGACACGCAGCAGUAAGACUGAUCAUUCAUAGCCCCAUCCACUGUCCAGGAUACCCAAAGUCUUCUUUCAGUAAAUCAACACUUAAUAAAAGGAAAACUCCACCCUCGCAUCUUCAUACUGUUUCAGGACUAAACCAGUGUUUUAACCCCAAUUAGCUAGAACAAAUCUUUUAUUGCUGACUUUUCCAGGCAAAGUUAGAUAUUUGUUCUUUCCAUUAAUCACCGAAUGGUAUUUUGGGACAUGUUUCUGGUACCACUUGAUGAACUGACAUCCAUUUUAGGACUAAAGACGGGUGACCAAGCUUCACACUGUUGGGUUGACAAUCAAUACAAAACACUGGUAUAGUCUUUGACUUAUCACCAGUUUCUGAUGUUUGGUGUUUUCCUGGACUCUUAAGGUAGAACAGUUAUUUUAUUAUCCUGUUGUAGCUUUUGCUUUGUUUACUUCUGUUUUUUGUUUCUCCCAGAAUACUUUUCUGUAACCCCCCACACGCACUGGGGAAAUUUAAAUCUAUACCCAUUUAUAUAGCAGCUGUAAAUCUAAAAGUCAACUAAUUAAUUGUGCAAAAUGUGUAGCCGCAUGACUUCAGAUGUGGCUUCAUGCUUAUUAGGAACAUUUGAGGUACCAAUCUUUUCUACACCGUUUUCUCUUUUGUGUUAUUACUGACUUGGUAGAAGCUCCUUUUUAAUUCAAAGUUUCUGACUAACAUGCACUUACUAAUGUCUUAAAUGCAGUCAUUGUCUGUUAGUCAAACUAUUCACUUGUAACACUGCAGGGUGGAUUUUUCCUUUACGAGGUGAAUACAAUUGUAUAAUAUCUACAAAUGGGUUUUUGUUAACUUUUAAUUUUCAGAAGCAUCUUUUUGUUAAUCAAAAAACGACUCUCGUAUAUCCAGUUUGAAUUUAAACACUUGGUCUGCUGCAGUUACUGAUGCUAUAAAUACAUAUUGUAAAAUUCAGUGAAACGUUUUUCUUAUCUUGGAAAAUGGUGUAUGCUUGUUCCCAUGGAAUACUAUAAUAAAAACACAUGAAAAUC